AUGGACUUCCGGCUGACGGAGCCUCGGCUGAGUCCCGAGCAGCAGGCGCUGUUCAUGCGCAUCGGACUCUGCCUGCUGGCGCUGGUCCUGUCCCGCAGCCACUACGGGUUGCCGCUGCGGCUACGAGGGGGCGCCAGCGUGGCCGAGCGCUUCACGCGUCGGGCCGCGCAACUGUGCAACACUACCUCCUGCCGCCUGACCGCAACGCUGCUGAAGGAAACGUUGGACCACCGCGGCAGCCCGUGCGACAACCUGUACGCGUACGUGUGCUCGGGAUGGUUGCAGGAGCCCUCGUUCACCAGCACGCACGAAAAGCAGAUGGCGCUGCUGACGUGGCACGCACGCUCUGGGCUCAGGCGCAUUGCUCAGCGCGCGAACACCACGGACCACGUUGUCACUGGCGAGCGAGGUAACCUGCAACCAAACCAGCAGCCCCCUACCACCAGUAACCAGCAGGGUCCAGUGGGCGUUGGCCAGGUGACGUCGAGCUCCGCCAAGGCCGCCGUGCUGUAUAGCCGGUGCCUAGCGGCUUCGUUGGAGCACCGCGCCGAUGCCCUGGCCGCCUUUCUACAAGACCUGGGCCUCGGCACUUUCGGUGACGUCGUCGAGUACCCGGUCGAGCUUGCCAUCAAGCUCGACCUAUAUUACGACCUGAAGACACUGUUCGACUUGCGGCGGCACCCGACAUGGCAGCGACAGGAUGGCCGACCGCUGCUGUCCAUGGGCCGUCGCACUGACCUUGAACCGUGGCGGCGCGAGCGAAAUCGCAUGCGCCGCGAUCUAACAUACCUCAAGUUCGUCCAGAGAUACGUCAACGCAAUUCUGGUGCAUGUGAACUACAGCACCGACACCAACGAGAAUGUGCACCAAGCCGGCACUUUAGACCUAAUCGCGCACCGCAUCAUGACCACGGAAGAGGUCGUGCUUGCGAUGACCGCGGUCAUCCCCGACGAUGACCCCAGCCACUAUCACGCCAUCGUUCCCCUGAUGCCAAGCAGCAGCUCCUCCCUGUGGCCGCCGUCGCUGGCAAUCAACAACUUCAGUGAGGUGGCCGUGGGUCAUCCGGCCGUGCUUGGCUACCAGGACGUUCUGAUGUACGAUCUGCCACCCUCCGGUGUAACAGCCUACGUGACCUGGGAGCUUGUGCGUCAGUUGGUUCCACUGACCGACCAGAAGUUUUCGCAAAGCACAGCCGAGGCCACCUGCUUCGAGGCCGUGUACCGUCUGAUGCCUUACCCGAGCCUCAUGCCGGGCAUUGAGGCGUUGGACUCGUACAAGGGUUGGCUGGAGGCUGAGCUCAUCUUCAAGGACGUCGCCGAGGCCCUGGUCAACUUCAUGAAUGUGCAUGGAGUCGCUGUCCGGGCCCAGUGAGUGAGCGUAUUGUGACUUCGUAGUGACGGC